AUGCCGUGGUCCUGGACCCUCCCCAGCCCGUAUCCAGACCCCGGAGCAAGGAUGACCACAGUGCUGCCGAGCCUGGCGCUGGCCCUGCUCUGCCUGCUGAGGGCAGGUGCCGAGGUCCCUGUGCAGCUGGACUUCAACAUGGGGAAGUUUGCAGGGAGGUGGCACAUCGCGGCUGCCAUUUCCAACUGCCCCGUGUUCCUGAGCAUGAAAGACAAGAUGAAGUCGUCCAUCGCCACCAUCAGCUUCACGCCGGAGGGGCACCUGGCUAUGGAGGCUAUCUUCCCCCUGCCAGAAGAAUGCAAAAAGGUUAAGCUGCUCUUCCAGAAGAGUGGGCAGGCAGGGCACUACACCAGCACAGAAAAUCAAGAAAAAACAGACCUGUGUGUGAUGGAAACGGACUACCAGCACUACGCCAUCGUGUACACCCUGAGGGACCGCGGCCAGGAGCCCAGCACCAUGCUGCAGCUCUACACAAGGAAGCAGGAUGUAAGCCCCCAGCUCCUGCAGAAGUUCAAAGAGCUCUCCCACUCUGUGGGCCUGACCGAGGACAUGCUGGCCAUCCUGCCACAGUCGGAUCAGUGCACCAAGGCUCUCGCAUGA